AUGACCAUGCCACCUCAAACAACAUCCACAACUCCAACCACCCAAACUCCAUCUCCAACCACAACAACUCAAUCACCAACAACAACAACUCAAUCACCUACCACAACAACCCCUGCAGCAACCACAACAAAUUCAUCUCCAACCACAACAACCCCUGCAGCAACCACAACUUCAUCAACAACCACAACAAUGCUUGCAGCAACCACAACUACGCUUGCAGCAACCCCAACAACUCAAUCACCAAACACAACAACCCCUUCAGCAGCAACAACAACGCCUACAGCAACCACAACUCGAACACCAACAAAAACAACAACCCCUGCAGCACCCACAACAAAUCCAUCUCCAAACACAACAAAUCAAACACCAAACAUAACAUCUCCAUCUCUAACCACAAAAACCCCUGCAGCAAACAAAACCACUCCAUCACCAACUACAACAAUGCCUGCAGCAACCACAAUGACUUCAUCUCCAACCACGAAACCUCUUGUAGCAACCACAACAACUUCAUCUCCAACCACAACAACCCCUGCAGCAAAUACAACUCCUGCAACAACCACCAUAACUCAAUCACCAACUACAACAACGCCUGCAGCAACAACAACAACCCAUAGAGCAUCCAAAGCAACUCAAACACCAACCACAACAACACCUCCCGCAACUAUAAAAACACCUGCGGCAACCACAAAAACUCAAUCAUCAACCACAACUACGCCUGCAGCAACCACAAAAACUUCAUCUACAACCACAACAACUCCUGCAGCAACCACAACUUCACCUUCAACGACAACAGCCCCUCCAGUAACCACAACUUCAUCUCUAACCACAACAACGCCUGUAACAACCACAACUCCUGCAACAACCACCACGACUCAAUCACCAACCACAAAACCUACAGCAACCACAACAUCUUCAUCUUCAACCACAACAACCCCGUCAAUAACCACCACCACUCAAUCACCAACUACAACAACGCCUGCAGCAACCACAAAAACUUCAUCUCCAACCACAGCUACCCCUGCAGCAACCACAACUCAGUCACCAACAACAACAACUCCUGCAGCAACCACAAAAACUUCAUCUCCAACUACAACAACCCCUGCAGCAACCAGAGCAACACCAGCAGCAACCACAACUUCAUCUCCAAAUACAACAACAAUUCAAUCACUAACCACAACACCUGCAGCAACCACAACAACCCCUACAGCAACCACAACAAUCCCUACAGCAACCACCACAACUCAAUCACCAACCACAAAUAUGCCUGCAAAAAUCACUACAACUUCAUCUCCAACAACAACAACAACAACCCCUGCAGCAACCACAACAACUCUAUCACCAACCACAACAACUCCAGCAGCAACCACUAAAACUUCAUCUCCAACAACAAAAACCUCUGCAUUAACCACAACUCAAAUACCAACCACAACAACGCCUGCAGCAACCACCAGAACUUCAUCUCCAACCAAAACCACCCCUACAGCAACCAUAACAACUCAACCACCAACCACAAUAAUUCCUGCAGCAACCACCACAACUUCAUCUCCAACCACAACAACUCCUGCAGCAACUACAACAACUCAAUCACCAACCUCAACAACACCUGCAGCAACCAAAACAACUUCAUCUGCAACCACAACAACUCAAUCACCAACCUCAACAACACCUGCAGCAACCAGAACAACUUCAUCUCCAACCACAACAACUCCUGCAGCAACCACAACUCAAUCACCAAUCACAACAACUCCUGCAGCAACCACAACAACUUCAGCUCCAACCACAACUCAAUCACCAACCACAACAAUGCCUGAAGCAACCACAACAACCUCUUCUCCAACCACAACAACACCUGCAGAAACCACCACAACUUCAUCUACAACCACAACAACCCCUGCAGAAACCAUAACAACUCAAUCACUAACCAAAAAAACUCCUGUAUUAAACACAACAACUUCAUUUCCAAUCACAACAACCCCUGCAGCAUCCACAACAACUCAAUCAGCAACCACAACUACGCCAGCAGCAACCACCACAUCUUCAUCUCCGACCACAAAAACUCCUACAGCAACCACUACAACUUCACCUCCAACCACAAUAACCCCUGAAGCCACCACAACAACUCAAUUAUCAACCACAGCUACACCCGAGGCAACCACUACAGCUUCUUCUAUAACCACAACAACUCCUACAGCAACCACAAAAACUUCAUCUCCAACCACAACAAUUUCAUAUACAACCACAGCAACCCCUCCAGCAACGACCACAACUUCAUCUCCAACCAAAACAACCCCUGCAGCAACCACAAAUCAAUCACCAACCACAACAACUCCUGCAGCAACCACAACUCCAUCAUCAAACACUACAACUCAAUUAUCCCAUGCAGCAUCCCACUACACUCAAUCCCCAACCACAACAACCCCUGCAGCAUCCACUACAACUCAAUCCCCAACCACAACAACCCCUGCAGCAUCCACUACAACUCAAUCCCCAACCACCACAACCCCUGCAGCAACCACUACAACUCAAUCCCCAACCACUACAACUCAAUCCCCAACCACAACAACCCCUGCAGCAUCCACUACAACACAAUCUCCAACCACUACAACUCAAUCCCCAACCACCACAACCCCUGCAGCAUCCACUACAACUCAAUCCCCAACCACAACAACCCUGCAGCAUCACUACCAACUCAAGGCCCCAACCACAACCAACCCUCAGCAUCCACUACAACUCAAUCAACAACCCCAACAACCCAAAACCCCCCACCUGCAGCAUCACUACAACUCAAUCCCCAACCACAACCCCUUCCACGCAGCAUCCACUAAAAAACCCCAACCUCAAUCCCCAACACCACACCCCCAUCCACUACAACUCAAUCCCCAACCACAACAACCCCUGCCAGCAACCACUACAACUCAAUCCCCAACCACCACAACCCCUGCAGCAUCCACUACAACUCAAUCCCCAACCACCACAACCCCUGCAGCAACCACUACAACUCAAUCCCCAACCACAACAACCCCUGCAGCAACCACUACAACUCAAUCCCCAACCACAACAACCCCUGCAGCAUCCACUACAACUCAUUCCUCAACCACAACAACCCCUGCAGCAACCACUACGACUCAAUCCCCAACCACAACAACCCCUGCAGCAUCCACUACAACUCAUUCCUCGACCACCACAACCCCUGCAGCAACCACAACAACUCAAUCCCCAACCACAACAACCCCUGCAGCAAUCACUCCCAAAAACUCAGUCCUCAAACCCACAAAACAACCCCUGCACAUCCACUACAACUCAAUUCCCUCCGAACCACCACAACCCCUGCAGCAACCACAACAACUCAAUCCCCAACCACAACAACCCCUGCAGCAUCCACUACAACUCAUUCCUCAACCACAACAACCCCUGCAGCAACCACUACAACUCAAUCCCCAACCAACCCCCAAACAACCGCCCUUUCAAGCAACCACUACAAACUCCCAAUUCCUGAACCACCAACAACCCCUGCAGCCAACAACAACCCCUCAAUCAACCCCAAACGCUCAACAACCCCAAUCUGCCAGCAAAUGCAUCUCCAUUGCCAACUACAACCCCAGCAGCAACUACAGCUAUAUCAUUAACCACGACACCCCUACAGCAACUACAACAACAUCACUGUCCACAACUACAUCAUUAACCAUAACAAGUUCUACAGCAACCACAACAACUCUAUCACAAACCACAACAACAUCUGCAGCAACCACAACAACUCCACCACUAACCACAACAACUCCACCACCAACCACAACAACCCUUGCAGCAACCACAGCAAAUCCAUUAACAACCACAUCAACCCUUGCUCCAACCACAAUAACUCCAUCUUCAACAACAACCCCUGCAGCAAACACAACUCAAUCACCAACCACAACAACCCUUGCACCAACCACAACUACUCCAUCACUAAAUAUGUCUCCAUCACUAACCACAACUACAUCACCAUCCACAUCCACCCCAGCUCAAACUACAACAUCCUCAGCUAUAACCACAACAACAACCCUUUCCCCGACACCAACCACAACAGCAGCAGCUCCAACUACAACUCAAGCAUCAACCAUAGCCCCAGCUCCUUCCACAACCACUCCAACUCCAACUACUACCAUCUCAGUCACAGGCUCCACUGCAGAGGUCAUCAGCACUUUAGUUGAUUACUUCAACAAUUUACAAACAAGCACUUCACCUGAUGAAGCUGAAUGCAUGACUUUAUUGCUCUCAGAAGUAGUUAAAAAGUUGGAGAGUGGAGAAAUCGCUAAUGUUACAGAUGGGGCUUUGGUAGUCAAAAUCGACAACGCUAUCUUGGUGCUAUCUACACUUAUACAACAACUGGAAGGACAAGCGUCAACAGCCUCUACCACAACUUCAUCGCCAACCACCACAACUCAGUUGCCAACAACUACAUCUCAAUCACUAACUACUACAACUCCAUCACCAACCACUACAACUACAUCACCAACAACUACUACAGCAACCACAACUCAAUCACCAACCACAGCAACCACAAAAUCCACGGCAGCAACCACAACAACUACAUUAUUAACCACAACAAAAACCCCUUCAUCAACAACUGUUGCAACCACAACUACUCCAUCACCAACUACAACAACUCCAUCACUAACCACAACAACCCCUGCUGAAACCACAACAACUCAAUCACCAACCACAACAACUGCAUCUCCAACCACAACAACCCCUGCUGCAACCACAACACCUCCAUCUCCUACCACAACAACCCCUGCAGCAACCACAACAACUCCAUCUCCAACCACAACAACCCCUGCUGCAACCCCACUCAAUUCAACCACAACAACCGACAUGUGGAACCACACAACUCAAUCCCCAACACAACAAACCCUGCUGGAACCACAACAACUCCAUCACUAA